GUUUCUUUUUCUUGAUAUAGCUUCUUUCUACCUGCUAAUUCAUCAUUGCGAUAUAAACAUGGCUGCUACUGCUAACGCACCUUGUCAAUUAUUAAUCAAACGCCUAUCAGAGCAUGCUAAACUUCCUACAAGAGGCUCUGCUGCUGCUGCUGGUUACGAUCUCUAUUGUGCACAUGACAUUACCAUACCUGCUAAAGGUAAAACUAUAGUAGCUACAGACAUAUCUCUUGCCAUUCCUAUGGGACAUUAUGGUCGCGUUGCUCCCCGUUCCGGCUUAGCCUCCAAACAUCAUUUGGAUACUGGCGCCGGUGUUAUUGAUGCUGAUUAUCGUGGACCGCUUGGCGUGUUGUUAUUCAACUUCAGCGAUAUCGAUUAUCAAGUGAAACGUGGUGAUAGAAUUGCUCAGUUGAUCAUAGAAAAGAUAUCCACGCCCGAAGUUGUUGAAGUAGAGUCCUUGGAAGAAUCAGAACGUGGCCAUGGCGGCUUUGGCAGCACAGGAUACCAGUAAAGGGACCAACGAUUUCUCUUAUUAAAUCAACAAAUUCUUUUUAUUCAUUAUAUACA